AUGUCUUCCAUCGAAAAUCAAUUGGUCUAUCAACCUCGGCCCGACCCAUACAAUGUUGCACUUGAAAUUUCCCAUUUCAUCGACAUCGACAAGCUCCGGGGAUCCGAGAAUUAUGAAGAAUGGCACCAAGCUAUCCACUCCGCAUUCCAACAUUUUGGAGUGUGGGACAUUGUGACGGGGUCUGAACAGCCUCUUCUCGCAUGA